AUCAGAACAACACGAUUUGUUUGAUAACCGACGCUCAAGUGUGACAUUACCAUAAAUAAAUAAAUAUAAAUAAAUAAUUAAGUUUAAUAAGGUACAAAGUACAAUACGAAUACAAAUACGUCCAUCAGUCUCAGACUUCACAAUAACUUCAAUUCAAUAGGUCAAUAUUAAUUAACUGUUUAAUAUUAUAUUAAUUAUAAAAUUCAUAACUAGUAAGUCAAGUAGUCUAAGAGUCUAAGUCAAGACAAUUUGAAUUUCAUUCAAUGCUGGUCUUUAAAUUUCAUUAAAAUAUUAAAUUAUCAAACCGGCCAUUUUACGCACUCUGAGCCUGAUUGAUUUACUAAUUUACUAACUAGACUGUUAACUGUUAUAGUAUAGCUAUUGUUAAGAUUUAAGUUAACAUUAAUAAUUAAUAUAGGAGCCAAAAUGAUCAAUAAAUUGAUCGUGGGCCCUUAAGAUAUAGAAGAAGAAGAAGUCACCAGUUAAGAUCAGAUUAAGUUCAUUAAGUGAGAUAAAGUACAAGCCUUCUUUGAAGGCAUUGAAGACUAUACUAUGUUAUACAAUUAAUACUUAAUAACACUAUAACUUAAGACUUUACUUUUACUCAACUCAUACAAUGUACUGUCUAUAUAGAUGCUCUUAUUACUUAUCUAUGGUUACCAAAUGUCCGUAUUUAGUAUGGACAGUUUCAUCAGUUUGUAUUUUCGACCCCCCUUGUCUGUACUAAUUUUUGCAUCCGUAUUUGUCCGUACUUUCAUCUCGUCGUCUGGCUUGUCCAUAUUUUUGGCAGCGACGAUUUGCUUGUCUUAUUUCAAUUUGUCUUAUUUCCAUUUUUCUUAUAUUAUUUCUUUCCAAAGCCAGAGCAGUAAAUAGUUUCAGCUCCAUUUGAAAGUCCAAAAAUAGCAUAUUUAUAUCUUCAUUGCUGUAACAAAUAUCAUGCAAUGUUGUAUAGGAAUGGUCGUUGUAAUGUUGCAAUUUCUUUUCACAAAUGAACUAACUAGAUAUGGCUUCAAUAGUGCUCAGUAGUAGCAGUAUUACAGUAAUAUUCGUCAACUGUAUCUUCAAUGUGCUAGUUCAGUGGUUUAUAUAAUUUUUCAAUGCCAAAUUUAGGUUUUUAGCUACCCUUUUUGAUACUACUUUUCUGUUAAGUGCUAUUUUUAUUUUAUUCUGUUUUUACUUUUGUUAGUCCGCUGCGGAGGAAAUGCUGCACUGUGGCAAAGCUGGAAAAUGGUGCCACUUAAUAUAUAGAAAAAGUGCCUCUGAGGUGGAUCUGGAAAAAAGACAAUUUUUGGCCCCCCUCGUCUUUCUGAAGUAUUUUAAUUCACUAUUAAGAUUCUAUCUAAAGAAUAUUUUAGUGCCUGCUGUGAUUGCUCUCUUGCCAUACUUUCAUGGCUCUGCUCGAGGGCAACAUGACACCCAGAGCAACGCUGCAUAUUUAAUGGGGACCAGUGGGCUGGCCAACUGUUUGCGGUAUAAACCAACAACACAUUUUUAAAAAUUCAUGUGAGGUCACAGUUUUCUAUUAAAUUAUCUGCUUUAUACUUUACAGGAACAGGAUGUCAGACUUUAGAGUGAACUCACUUUGGGCAACGAUUGGCCUCCCUUUAGGUAUCUUAUCCUUUUUUGUUUACUUGAUCAGUAGAAAGAAGAAGGAACAAGUAAAAGACAAAGUUGUUUUCAUAACAGGAGCUUCUUCUGGUUUAGGAGAAGGUUUGUUCAUUGUUUUGUGUUUACAGAAUUUAAAAAAAAUAUUGCUGAAAAUAAAUAUAGGCUUGAACUGUUCUCAAAAUGUUAAUAAAAUUUAAUUUAAUUAAAAACUGAAUUCAAAGUAUUUUUUGAGAUUUAUUUUAUAUAACCUUUUCUUGAAUUUUCUUGACAUUGACAAAAAUCAUGAUUAAAAGACAAACUUUCUGUGAAGUUAUAGGUAAUAAUUCUUUUUAAAAAAAACUCUUAUAAGUUUCGUACAAUGGCAGUUCUUUUCAAAUUUAUAGUGGGUUCCACUAGCUGCUGCUGAAGAACAAUACUGUUGGUAUCUCUUAUAGAUUCUUCUACUGAUCACUGCUUAGAAUUGUAUGGUACUGAACUUUCACAAGUGUGAUAAUUUUUUGGCUCUAAAAUCAUGCAAUACAACAUGCAGCAACAUUAUUUUUUUCUUUUAUUUCAAUUUUUAACAGAAUUCAAAGGAAUAUAUUGAAAUUUAAAAUAUUUUAUAUAUUUUAACAUUUACAGCAUGUGCAGAAGUGUUUUAUGAUGCUGGUUGUAAAAUAAUUCUAUCUGGCAGGCAAGUAAAAAAGCUUAUGGAUUUGAAAGAUCGUCUAAUGAAAAAACAGGUUAAUAUAUCAAACAAGCUUAUUUUAAUCGCAUGAAGAAAUAAAUUUUAAACUAACAGAUUUUGAUCGCAAUUACCACUAGAUUUGAUUUAAUUUGUCUUUAAGCGUUAAGUAUUUAUAGUUUUAUUAGUAGAGGAAAAGAGAUUGUUUUUAUUUAAAUAAAUUAAAAUUAGAGUUAAUGUUCAAGUCUUAAUAUUUAGUAUCAUUUACAGAGAGCUGGAUGUCAUAAUCCAGCUAUAGUGAGUAUUGACCUAGAGAAUCUUUCAAGCAUUCCUAGUAAAGUCAACCAGGCCAUUGCUGCAUUUGGUCAUAUAGAUAUACUCAUAAACAAUGCGGGUAUGAGUUAUCGUGGACAAGCUUCCGAGACCACACUAGAUGUGGACAAGAAACUAAUGACUGUUAAUUACUUUGGCCACAUUGAAAUUACUAAAGGUAAUCAGUAAGUUUGAAUUUUCAUAUUAUCUUUUUGUCAGGAACUCAUAAUUAUAAGAUGCUUUCUUACAUGUAAGAGAAGAUUUCCUAUUUAUUUACUGCUUCAAUCAUUAUGCCAAUUUUCGGAACCCAUUAUUUAUGUCAUCAUCACAGGGAUUAGUUUGUUUAGAUUUUAUUUUGUACUUUAUAUUUGUUUGAAAUAAAUGUUUUAAUCAGUCAGUAAUGCUAAUUUAUUCACAUCAUUCAAAUCUCAUUUGAUUUAGAAAUGACUUGAACUUGAUGCUAUAAUAAUGAGAGUGAAAGAGGAUAAAGCAUUUUUUAUUUUAAUUAGUCAGUUAAACAUUUUACUUACCUACAUUUGCUUAAAUUGUAAGCAAAUAAAUACACAAUUUGAUUUUGUUAUAACGGUACUUCAGUUGAUUCAUGAACUUAAAAAUUAUUCUUCUUUAAAAUUUUCAACAGCUGUUCUCCCUCAAAUGAUUCGACAAGGGGGUGGCCAAAUAGUAACUAUCAGCAGUAUUCAAGGAAGAAUAGCAAUACCACAUAGAUCUGCUUGUAGGUCUAUCUUUAUUUAAGGAAAUGUUUCAUAUACGUACUAAAGUAAAAAAAAUCCUUGUGGUUUACUAUUAAUAUAUUUAAAUAAUUAUUUACAUUUAUUGCUUCUUUUACUAAUUAUUACUGAACACUUUAUAUGUUAAUUAAUUUGCUAAUGGUAACAUAGCAUUAUACUAUACUUAUAUAAUUUAACAUUCCUCAAAUGUUUCACUCUUGUUUUUUUAUCAUUAGGUCCUUGCAGAAACCUUUGUCGCCUCUUAGAGUUAGAGUUUUUCUCUAUCACAGAAUUCUUUAUAAAACAGAUCUCAUAAACAAUGCAUGACCUACUCUUUGUGUAACUUGUAAUGUAAUGAUUGCUCAUAAAUACUGAACAUAAAUUGUUAAUCAUUUUUAAAAUUAAUUUUAAACAGAUGCAGCAUCUAAGCAUGCUCUACAAGCUUACUUUGAUAGUCUGAGAGCAGAGCUGUCUGGACAUGAUAUCAAUGUCUGUGUUGUUAGUCCACAUUACAUCAGCACCAAUUUGUCUCUCAAUGCACUCACAGGUUCUGGAACAACUUAUGGCAGUAAGUUAUCUUUGAAAAAUUUCUUCAACUAUAAAGUAGGGCUUAAAAAAUAAUUCUUUAGCACUGGCAGAACUGGUAAAUAAAAGGUGAGAUGUUUGGUAAUAUUAAUAAUACCAGUACAUUGUUCUAGGGUUGGGAAGAGGACUGACGAUAAAGAAUAGAAUUGGUGUGAAAAAGGGGGGAGGGGAUUGGCAAAUGGAGGGAGUAAGAACAUGGUAUGGGGAAGUUGGAAGUGAUGCAACUAAUACGGGGGGGGGGGGGAACUGGGGGGCAGGGAGGGAGGAGGGAAAAAAAUCAAAUAUGUCACUGUCAGCCCUAGUAAAAUAGUGAUGAUAAAUUACGGAAUUGGUGAGAGAGAUUAUUUAGAAAAUCUAAUGGCACUAUGCAGACUAUGCUUCCUUGAAAUGCAUUCAGCUCACCUUAUUCUUAUAAAUGUAAGGUUGCAUAGCAAAAAAGAUCAAAGAAAAUUUAUCAAAUGUUAAAAAUAUUUUUCCUAACAGAGAUGGACAAGACGACAGAGACAGGGCUACAACCAGAAUAUGUUGCUUAUCAAAUACUAGACUGUGUACAACACAAAACCAAAGAAUUAACCAUAGCACCAUUCUAUGUUAAAUUUAUCAUUUCUUUAAGAGCCCUUGCACCUUGGCUUUAUUUUAAAAUAAUGGCACAUAGGGCACAGAGGGAACAAGCUGAAUCUAAUAAAACCAUUUAAAAUUCAAAUGUAUCAAUUUGUUGGACUUUUUUAAUACCAGGGAGUCGCACACCAUAUUUUUGGGCAAAUUUUAAAUGACAUGCUUCAAUUAAUACUAAUAAUAGCAAGAAUAAAUUUUAUAUAAAUUUGUUUCUAUGUGUCUCAGUCUCAUUUCAAGCUUUUAAAUACAGAUUA